GAUGGAUAUUAUCUAUGACGUGGCAGAGCACAUAAAGGAGUUUGCCGUGACUGCUUUAUAGGUCGUUGAGUCGUUAGCAGCAGAAGACGCACUUUAACACAAAACCGUCAAGCUCACUCGCCACAAUAAUCAGGCCUUUAUUGUGUAAACAUGCAGAUCUUUGUGAAGACUCUCACUGGCAAGACCAUCACCCUCGAGGUGGAGCCUAGUGACACCAUUGAGAACGUCAAGGCUAAAAUCCAGGACAAGGAAGGCAUUCCCCCUGACCAGCAGAGGUUGAUCUUUGCAGGAAAACAGCUGGAAGAUGGCCGCACCCUCUCUGACUACAACAUUCAGAAGGAGUCCACCCUCCAUCUUGUCCUGCGUCUGCGAGGUGGCAUGCAAAUCUUUGUGAAGACCCUCACUGGCAAGACCAUAACCCUCGAGGUGGAACCCAGUGACACCAUUGAGAACGUCAAGGCCAAAAUCCAGGACAAGGAAGGCAUUCCCCCUGACCAGCAGAGGUUGAUCUUCGCCGGUAAACAGCUAGAAGAUGGCCGCACCCUCUCUGACUACAACAUUCAGAAAGAAUCCACCCUCCAUCUUGUCCUGCGUCUGCGAGGUGGCAUGCAAAUCUUUGUGAAGACCCUCACUGGCAAGACCAUAACCCUUGAGGUGGAGCCCAGUGACACCAUUGAGAACGUCAAGGCCAAAAUCCAGGACAAGGAAGGCAUUCCCCCUGACCAGCAGAGGUUGAUCUUCGCCGGUAAACAGCUAGAAGAUGGCCGCACCCUCUCUGACUACAACAUUCAGAAAGAAUCCACCCUCCAUCUUGUCCUGCGUCUGCGAGGUGGCAUGCAAAUCUUUGUGAAGACCCUCACUGGCAAGACCAUAACCCUUGAGGUGGAGCCUAGUGACACCAUUGAGAACGUCAAGGCCAAAAUCCAGGACAAGGAAGGCAUUCCCCCUGACCAGCAGAGGCUGAUCUUUGCUGGCAAGCAACUUGAAGAUGGACGCACCCUCUCUGACUACAACAUUCAGAAGGAAUCCACUCUCCAUCUUGUCCUGCGUCUGCGAGGUGGCAUGCAAAUCUUUGUGAAGACCCUCACUGGCAAGACCAUCACCCUCGAGGUGGAGCCCAGUGACACCAUUGAGAACGUAAAGGCCAAAAUCCAGGACAAGGAAGGCAUUCCCCCUGACCAGCAGAGGUUGAUCUUUGCUGGCAAGCAGCUUGAGGAUGGCCGCACCCUUUCUGACUACAAUAUCCAGAAAGAGUCCACCCUUCAUCUUGUCCUGCGUCUGCGAGGUGGCCAGAAAUGAAAACAAAGUAUUUAUUUUCAAGUUAAAGUGCUGGCAGUUUCAAAGGUGUUUGCCACUAUGACCAAAUGUUCAUUGCACAUUGUUGGAAUAAACUAUUAAACCAG